AUUGAUGCUCUUACGGAGUAUGUGAAAUCUUAAACUUUUUUUUUAUAUACAGCAAUCAAUUUGGAGCGGGAAUUCAAAAACUCAAAUUCUUCAAUCCUCCAACAGUAUAACUUUUUCUAGGGCAAAAUACCCUUUCCUUCUAUCCUUAAUCCCACAUUUCCAAAUCCCCCCCAAAUUUUAACAAUUUGGGGAAGUAAUUAUUCACUUAUUAUUUCAAAAUUCAAAUCCCAAUUUAGGCUUUUUUGGGGAGGAAAUGAGUGGAAAUUGUUUGAAUUUCGGAAAACCCAUAAAAGAUGCAAUCACUCGAGUUCGUUUCGCCCCAGAAUCUAACAAUCUUCUCAUUUCCUCCUGGGAUUCUAGUGUCAGAUUGGUGGAUGUGGAAAGCAGUAAGCUUAGAUUAGAAGCUCAAACGGAAGCUGCAGUUCUUGAUUGCUGUUUUCAGAGUGAGUCUGUUGCUGUCUCCGCUGCUUCAGAUGGUUCCAUUUUCAGGUACGACUUACAUUCUGGAGUUUAUGACAUUAUUGGAAAGCAUGAAGAUUCAGCAACUUGCAUUGAGUAUUCUUCUGAUACAGGGAAAGUGAUAACAGCUGGUUGGGAUAGAAAUGUGUUAUCAUGGGACUCACGCUCAGCAAAAGCUUCACAUGCGUUGGUUGGCUUCAAUUCACUUGUGGAGUCUAUUUCACUCCGCGGCGUUGAAUUGUUGGUGGCCAUUGGAUCCUCAGUAUGUAAAUAUGACUUGAGGAAAAUGAAUGAAGCAAUCCAAGCAGAGGGUUCAUCAAUGGAUGCAUGGAUAAGAUGUGUGAGCUCCAUGGCAUGCGAGAAAGGCUUUGCUACUGGUUUGCUCGAUGGUCGCGUGACGCUGCAAUCAAAGUCAUGUGAUACGGGGUAUACAUUUCGCUGUGAUCCAAAGUCAAAGAAAGGAAAGUAUCAUCUUGUAACAGUGAAUGAUAUCGCCUUCAAUCAAUUUCUCCCAGGUGUUUUUGUCACUGGUGAUUAUGCCGGUCAUGUUAUUGCAUGGGAUGGUUCAAGCAGGAAGAGAUUGUUGGAGCUUCCAAGAUAUCCAAAUAGCGUGGCUUCAUUAUCAUAUAACCAUACAGGGGAGCUUUUGGCAGUUGCUUCAAGUUAUACAUACCAAGAAGCUAAUGAAAUAGAAGACCAACCUCAAAUAUUCAUACAAGAAUUGGGUGAAAGUAAGUUGAAAUCUGCCGCGGCUGGAAGUUCUUCUCGAAGAUAGUGAUGGUUUUUCAAAUGUCAAUGUAGAUUAAAAAAAAAUAAUAAUUAAGUACGUCAUUGGAGAUUCUCAUUUAGAAUGGAACUCACCCUCAUUUUUGCACCUGUGGUAUGUUGUAUAAUUAAAGCCACUUUGUAUGUUGUAAAAUGAUUUCAGUGUUUGAUUUGCAUUCAAAUCGUAACACUUAUAAAGUCAUGAACUUAGUUUAUUAUUCCUGUAA